CACUGUGUCGAUAGCCGAGCCGUAAAUCUGGAUAUUUGUUGUCAUCGCGCGUGGAACAUGUCGCAAAAUAUGUGAUAAAAUAUGAAGACUGAAUUUCUGAAAGUGUGAUUAAAACUUACAUCUGAAUCUGAAGACUUGAUUAAGCCGCUGGUUUCUGGUGCGGUGUGAAUAAAAGCCCCGGAACUAUGGUGACCCAUAUGGAUGCUGCUCCCAAAAUUGGGGCCAACCAGGUCUCCGAUGUGGUGUUCGUUAUAGAGGGGACAGCAAACCUCGGGCCAUACUUUGAAUCCCUGCGGAAGAACUACAUAUUGCCAGCCAUUGAGUACUUCAAUGGGGGUCCGCCUGCUGAAACAGACUUUGGAGGAGAUUAUGGUGGGACACAGUAUGGACUGGUGGUGUUUAACACAGUGGACUGUGCUCCAGAAUCAUAUGUCCAGUGCCAUGCUCCUACCAGCUCGGCUUUCGAGUUUGUGUCGUGGAUUGACAGCAUUCAGUUCAUGGGCGGUGGAGCAGAGAGCUGUAGUUUAAUAGCUGAAGGCCUAUCUGUGGCUCUGCAGCUUUUCGACGACUUUAAGAAAAUGAGGGAGCAAAUCGGUCAGACUCAUAAGGUUUGUGUGCUGCUGUGUAACUCUCCUCCGUACCUGCUGCCUGCUGUGGAGAGUGUCAGUUACACUGGCUGCACCACAGACAGCCUCGUCCAGAUCAUACGAGACAGGGGGAUCCAUUUCUCUGUGGUUUCCCCACGGAAACUUCCAGCACUUCGAGCUCUGUUUGAGCGAGCUUCCCCGGUCGGAGCACCAUCAGAAUCUGCUCAUCCAGACUACAGCCAGGAUCCGUUUCACAUGGUGCUCGUCCGUGGCAUUGCGCUCCCAGUUGCCCCUGGAGGAGGUUCUGGUUCAGUCCCUCUCAAACCAGUCUUACCCCCACAGUCCAUGCCUGUCGGUCAGCCAACUCCUAUUGGUGCUGCCGCCCAGGUUACUCCAAUCAGCGCUGCUCACGCAUACCAGCCCUCUCUAAAUGCGGCUGCAGCUGCAGCUGCAAUGGCUGUGGAGGCGGCUAAUAGUCAGAAGAGUCGCUUUCCAGGGAUGGUGAAUGCAGGUCCACCCUUCAGUACCCAGCCAGUUAAAUUAACCCCAGCCAGCCAGCCCAGCCUGUCCACAGUCACCACGGUCUCCACACCCAUGAUGCCACAGCAGCAAGCCCCUCCUCAGCAGCAACCACAGCCAUCACAAGUCCAGCCCCCUGGUCAGCCUGCACCAAAUCAGCAGGCCCCUCAGCCCCCCCAGCAGCAGCAAGCACCUAAUCAGCAGGCACCACCUUCCUCACAGCCCGGCAUGCCUGGUGUUUCAGCGUCACCGGCAAAUCCCAUUGGUGGUCAGCAGGGGGUGCCCAAUAAAGUUGUGGUGUGGAGUGGCGUUCUGGAAUGGCAGGAGAAGCCGAAAGCAUCCUCCAUGGACUCCAACACUAAACUUACCCGCUCGCUGCCCUGCCAAGUGCAAGUCAACCAAGGAGAGAAUCUAAAUGCUGAGCAGUGGCCACAGAAACUCAUCAUGCAGCUCAUCCCCCAACAGCUGCUGACAACGCUGGGUCCUCUGUUCAGGAACUCUCGCAUGGUUCAGUUUCUCUUCACCAACAAAGACGUGGAGUCUCUGAAGGGUCUCUAUCGCAUCAUGGCCAAUGGCUUCGCUGGGUGUGUUCACUUCCCCCACAGUGCUCCGUGUGAAGUGCGGGUUCUCAUGCUGCUCUAUUCCUCAAAGAAACGGAUCUUCAUGGGCCUGAUCCCUAAUGACCAGAGCGGCUUUGUUAACGGCAUCCGACAGGUCAUCACCAACCAUAAACAAGUUCAGCAGCACCGCACGAUGGGUAACACAGGGCAGAUGCAGUCUGGCCAGGUGCCGUCCAAUCAGAACUUCCUCAACAGGCCGCCCGGGCCCAUUCCCGUCACCCAUGGCAACGUGCAGCAGCAGUCUGUGGUGGUGGGCAUGGCUCCGGUUAGUCAGGUCACAAUGAUGGAGGACCAGCAGAGACAGAAUAACAUGCUGACAAUGAGAGCAGCAGCAACAGCCAAUCAGCAGCCUCCAGUCAGCGGAGCCCCACCCAAUCAGGUGGCUCAAGGUCAACCCCAGCCCCCAGGUGCCAUGCUUCGCCUCCCCAACCCAGGAGCCAAUCCACAGCUGCGCAGUCUCCUCCUCAGCCAGCAGCAGCCACAGAGUGGUGUGUCUCAUAUGCAGGGCAUGCUGCCUCUCCAGGGUCUGAACCAGCAGAUGGUGCACCCUGCAGGGGGCGCUCAGAUCCAGCCCCAGUGGAGGCAGCCUCUCGCAGGUCAGAUGCUGAUGCAGGCGGGUCCGAGGGGCUCUGUGGCUCAGAAUCCUGGGAUGCCUCAGGUGUCCAGUGUGAUGGAGGAUGAGAUUCUUAUGGACCUUAUUUGAGGGCUACAUUACCCAUAAUCCCUCACUGAGUCCUGCUCCUUUUCUCUUUUUCACAUUUUGCUUUAAAAGAAAACUGCAGCUGGUUAGGUUAGAUAUCGAGUUAUAUGGAAAUGGUCAUAUUUACAUAUGGAUAAACAUACAUUAUUCACAAAGCAGGAUUUCUCUGUAAGCUGGGUAACUUGAGCCCAAAACUGAUUAUCCAGAUCGGAACAUUCUGACCUCGUCUUGUACUGGACAAACUUGAUUUAAUCUGAGAAAUUCAGUUUUCUGAAAUAAUCCCACAAAACAGGAUUCGAAAGGCUAAAGUCAUACUGAGCGAUGUUGCUGUCUAAUGAUGAGUUGGCUCCUUUUUCCUCCUUUAUCGGUUUAAUUGAGCAGAUUAUGAUUAUUAUUAUUGUUAUUGUAUUUUUAUGGAACUUUUACUUUGCAUAGGUUUUACUUUUUUUCUUAAGUUGUCUUUACAAGACUAGGCUGUGUUUUUUUUAUGCAAAAAUGAAAUAAAGUUGAUCAGUUUUGUCAGGCAA